AUGGCCAUUGAACAUACAAAAACGUAUUUUGACAUCACAGUUGGUGGCUCUCCAGUUGGGAGAAUCGUCAUGGAAUUAUUUGACGAUAUUGUUCCACGUACUUCCAAAAAUUUUGCCUCUUUAUGUAAAGGUGAUUCGGGUAUAGCUAUUUCAAAACCAGAAAUUCCAUUAUCUUACCGUGGUUCCAUUUUCCACCGUGUUAUUCAAGGGUUUAUGUGCCAAUUUGGUGAUUUUACAAAUUUUGAUGGUACUGGUGGUGAAAGUAUAUACGGAGAAAAAUUCGAAGAUGAGAAUUUUACAUUAAAGCAUGAUAGACCUUAUUUAUUAUCCAUGGCUAAUGCUGGUCCAAAUACGAAUGGAUCUCAAUGUUUUAUCACUGUUGCGCCAACUCCUCAUUUGGAUGGUAAGCAUGUUGUAUUUGGUGAAGUCAUUCAAGGUAAGCGUAUUGUACGUUUAAUUGAAAGUCAACGAACUGAUAAAAAUAAUGAUAGACCAAUGCUAGAUGUUGUGAUCCAAGACUGUGGCGUAUUGCCUAAUGAUUACGAGGUGCCAGAAGAUGCUGAAGCAACUCCUGCCGAUGAAUAUGGUGACAAUUACGAAUUUAUGAUGAAACUAGAUUCAAAAGUCAACAUGUCUGAUGUCAACUCAGUUAUUAAAGCUGCAGAAGAUGUGAAAGUAAUUGGUACUGAACAAUUUAAGAAAGCCAAUUAUCCAAUUGCAUUACAAAAGUAUACAAAAUGUGAAAAAUUACUAAAAGAAUAUUUCCCUGAUGAUUUACCAGAUGAAGAUUCUGCUCGUCUACGCCAACUAAGAAAUGCAAUUGCGCUAAAUAUUACUUUAUGUUGUUUAAAGGUAAAAGAUUAUACUCGUGCUAUUUAUACAGCUUCUGAAGUCUUAUAUGAGGAAAGUGGAGCCACCGACAAAGAUAAAACAAAGGCUUAUUAUAGACGUGGUUUAGCUUAUAAGGGCAGAAAUGACACUGAUGAAGCUUUGAAAGAUUUCCAAAGAGCUAUGGUUCUAAAUCCUAAUGACACCACCGUUGUUGCCGCUAUGAGAGAAACUAAAGCUAAGAGAAAGCAAGAGAAUGAGAAACAAAAAAAUUCAUUGAGUCGUAUGUUUAAAUAA